AUGGCGGUUGAAAAUCCCAUCUUGCCCGUCAAGGGCAAGAAGAACGUCCUGAUUACCAGCGCUCUUCCCUACGUCAACAACGUUCCUCAUCUUGGAAACGUCGUCGGCAGUGUUCUCAGUGCCGACGUCUACUCUCGCUUCAGCAAGCUUCGCGACCGGCCGACGCUGUACAUCUGCGGUACAGACGAGUACGGCACUGCCACUGAGACCAAGGCCCUCGAGACGGGCCAGACCCCCAAGGAGCUCUGCGACGAGUUCCACGUCAAGCACAAGGAGAUUUAUGAUUGGUUCGAGAUUGGCUUCGACUACUUUGGCCGAACCUCGACCCAGAAGCAGACGGAGAUUGUGCAGGACAUCUUCCUCAAGCUGCACGAGAACGACUUCCUCGAGGAGCGGACGACAAAACAGCCUUACUGUGAGAAGCACGAUUCCUUCUUGGCGGAUCGAUUCGUCGAGGGAACGUGCCCCAAGUGCAACUACGACGAUGCCCGAGGUGACCAGUGCGACAAGUGCGGCAGCCUGCUGGAUCCGUUUGAGCUCAUCAACCCACGAUGCAAGGUCGACGGCGCUACUCCCGUCCCCCGCGACACGACACAUGUCUUUAUUCGCCUGGAGAAGCUGCAGCCCGAGAUUGACAAGUGGUUCCAGGACGCUCACAAGAAGUAUGGAUGGCCUCAGAACGGCAUUUCCAUCACCCAGUCGUGGUUGACAAAGGGCCUGGAACCCCGCAGUAUCACCAGAGAUCUGAAGUGGGGUGUGCCGGUUCCCCUGCCUGGCUACGAGAAGAAGGUCAUUUACGUGUGGUUUGAUGCCUGCAUCGGCUACCCUUCCAUUACGGCCAACUAUACCGACAAGUGGGAGCAGUGGUGGAAGAAUCCCGAUGAUGUUACCCUCUAUCAGUUCAUGGGCAAAGACAAUGUGCCUUUCCACACAGUCAUCUUCCCUGGAUCCGAGAUUGGUACCGGAUACAAAUGGACCCUACUUAACCACCUCUCCACUACUGAGUACUUGAACUACGAGAACGGCAAGUUUUCCAAGUCAAGAGGCAUUGGUGUUUUCGGCAACCAGGCCAGAGAAGUUGGCCUUUCGCCGUCAGUUUGGCGGUACUACCUGCUCUCGAACCGACCUGAAACUAGCGAUACUCAGUUCGAGUGGCAGGCAUUCCAGCUGGCCAACAACAGCGAGCUGCUCGCCAACUUUGGCAACUUUGUCAACCGAAUCGUCAAGUUUGUCAAUGCCAAGCUGGACGGUAUUGUCCCCGAGUUUAACCCUUCUUACAAGGACGACACCUUUGACUUCCCCGCCUGGACCGAGACGGUCAACGGGCUGUUGAAGGAGUAUGUCGACCUCUUGGAGAAGGUGCACAUCCGUGCUGGUGUCAAGGCCUUUAUGGAGAUUAGCAGAGAAGGCAACAACCUUCUUCAGGGCCGAUUGGAUAAUGCCAACUUGGCCGAGAACCCCGAGCGAACUCACACCACCAUUGGUCUCGCUCUCAACCUUUGCCACCUUUUGGCCUCUGUGGUUUCGCCGUAUAUGCCCUCUACGAGUGAAUCCAUCUGCCAGCAGCUCAACACCAAGCUGGCGUUCAUCCCCGACACCUGGGAGCCCACCGCCAUCAAGGCCGGCCACAAGAUUGGCAAGGCCGCCUAUCUCUUCACCAGGAUAGACGACAAGAAGAUUGAGGAGUGGAAGGAGAAGUUUGGCGGCUCUGCCGAGACCCGCGCCGCUGAGGAGGCUGCCAAGAAGAAGAAGCAAGAGGACAAGGAGAAGAAGAAGGCCAAGAAGGCCGCCAAGGCUGCCGAAGCUGCUAAGGCCGCUGAUGCUGCCAAGGUGGAUGCCAAGGCUCAGGACGAGACCUCUGCCGCUGGAGGUAUGACGGCGACGUCUGCUGAAGUCAGCAAGGACUUGCCGAUCCGUGAGAAGAAGGUUGUAGACCAGAAUUAG